AACAUUCAAUCGGCUCUAUUUCUCCUUCUGUUUGUAAAAACAAAAAUCCAUUUCACAGUUCGUUCCAGAAAUUUCACAUCGAAACUGAAAUUAAUCGCCGAUAAAUCAAAUUCGCCGGCUAAGACGCCAAUUCCGAUCGAAAAUUCAGAGAUAGAGCUAGUAUGGAUCGAGCUCUAGAGAGAGAAAGGCACCAGAUGGAAGAAAUUAGGGGCCUAGAUUACGAGGAGUUGAUGAUCGAAGAAGUUGAUGGAUUGAACGAAUCUUCGGAUGAUGACAAUGACCGUUUUGGAGGGACCCCUGCUUUAGCUGAAUUUGCAUAUGACCCUUGUCUGGCUUCCUUACAUACCUAUCUCGGAGAGGUUGAAGAUACUCGUAGUAGAAUGGCUUUCUUAGAUGGUGGUGCCGUACUAAACCUCCCACUGUUUUAUCUAGAAGGUGUAGUUCUGUUCCCGGAGGCCACCCUUCCUUUACGAGUUAUCCAACCAAAUUUUGUAGCGGCUCUGCACAGAGCUUUAAAACAAGCUGAUGCUCCCUUUACCCUGGGUGUGGUUCGAGUUUAUAGAGAUACUAAUAAUGGGAGACUACAAUUUGCAACCACGGGAACAACAGCAGAGAUAAGGCAAUUCAGGCGGUUAGAGGAUGGUUCGCUGAAUGUCCUUACUCGUGGUCAACAACGUUUUCGCUUAAGACGCCGAUGGAUUGAUGUCGAGGGAGCACCAUGUGGAGAGAUCCAAAUCAUCCAAGAAGAUUCCCCAUUAAGAACACCGAGGGAUGCUGUUGGGCGAUUGGCAACAGUGAGGAGUUUGCACGCUAGAUGUGGGUUUGGAGCUAGACAGCAUGGGCAUAGAAAUGGAAGUGGUGAUUCAGAUUCAAUGUCAGAGGAUAGUUUCUCAAGUGAACAUCCCUUGAAUGAAAGGAGACCGAGUGAAUCUGCUCCUGCCUCGUCUUAUUGUAGUUCUGAUAUAAAUGAUGUGUCUACAAGUGGGGAGGAGGAGAACUUUGGGUCUGAUUCAGAUCACCAGUCAGGUGGAUCUCACCAAGCCUACUCUAUUGGCUCAAUACAUUCAGAUGACAACAAUAAGAGUGCAAUUGCUAGUUUGGAAACUGGGAAUGAGGUAAUAUUAGAUCGGGAAGUUCGUCGAAUUGUAGGGUUAGGAAAGCAUUCAGUAAGCAGGUUGAGGGAAGCUCCAAGUGCGUUCUGGCCCAGUUGGGUUUAUCGUAUGUAUGACUCAUAUCACCUUGCUCAACAUGUGGCAGAUUUGUGGAAUAAGAUUGUCAAGGCACCAAAGAUGGAUGGGUUUGUAAAGAAACCUGACCUUAUGUCAUUUCAUAUUGCCAGCAAAAUGCCGGUGUCUGAAUCUACAAGGCAAGAACUUUUGGAAAUUGAUGGGGUUUCCUAUAGAUUGCGCCGAGAAAUUGAGUUACUUGAGAAAUUUGAUCGUGUUCGAUGCAAAACUUGUCAGACGGUGAUUGCAAGGCGUAGUGAUAUGCUAGUAAUGUCUAGUGAUGGUCCUCUUGGUGCUUAUGUAAAUCCACAUGGUUUUGUCCACGAAGUAAUGACUCUCUUGGCAGCAAAUGACUUGGUUCUUGUUGGACAUCCAGUAAAAAAAUACAGCUGGUUUCCUGGGUAUGCAUGGACAAUUACAUAUUGCGCCACUUGCGAGUCACAAAUGGGUUGGCUGUUUACUGCUACAAGUAAAUCCUUGAAGCCACGAUCCUUCUGGGGAAUUCGGAGCUCCCAAGUUGCUGAUGACAUGAGCUGAAGUACUGAUGUACUCACCAAUAGAUCAGGUCAAUAAGUACUAGCUAUUAGCCGUUAUGCAACAACAGCCUUGUAGAGCGUGAUAUACUGCCAUUCCUUUUCUUCUUCUUUUUGUCGACUGGUGAGUAAGUCUAUUUUAUUCCGGACUCAGGCAGAUACGAAGAAAGGCCAUGCCUCAUGCUUGUAACUUGUAAGAUAAUAAUAUUCUCGCUUAAAAGGAAAAACAGUUAUAAAUUCCGAGAGUUAUUUGUUCUGCAUU